AAAAUGAAUAAAUGACAAAAAUGAAGAUAAACAGAAAAGAGAAUACCGGAAAAAUUGAUUUCAUUGCAUUUCCUCUAUAGAAGAAAAUAAAAAAUAAAAACUUGUAAAUUGAUCUAUCAUCAUCAUCAGUCUAUUCUACCGUCUCUCAUAGAAUCUCCAAUCUGAAUCCCACUGUUUUUGCUUCUUCUUCUUCAUUCUUCCCUUUCUUGUCUGUUUUUCCUGCCGAUUUUCAGUUCGAUGCCGUUACAAUGUAACCAUAAUGGAACUAUCCCCUCCUCCUCCUCUUUCCCUUAAUCAAACAAAAGGUUCUCUCCUCUUCCUCCUAUCGUUAUCAUUCCUUCAAUUCAUAAUCCCCCGGCAAAUUUCUGUCGAUUUGCAUUCUGAAUUUUACUUCUCCCCUGUUUUUCUUUAAUAUUUUCCCUCGGAAAACUGGAAAAAAAACCCUUAUCUGCAGCGUAGGCUAUCAUUUCAUCGUUGUCGUACCUUGUUGAUAAGAAAACCCCACAAAGAUUUUCUCGAGAAACUCCCAGGAGAGAAUUUUCACUUCCGGCGCGAAAAAGCUCAAUCCCCCCUCUGCGAUUGGGGCGCUUUCGGCUAGAAAGAGGGUAGAGUUCUUGGUUUCUGAGAAGGAAAUGUCGAUUCUGCCAAAGAGCGAGUCCAUAAUCAUCCGUGACGUAUGGAGCGACAACCUCGAAGACGAACUCGAGCUGAUAAGGGACAUAGUUGACGAUUACCCUUUCAUCGCGAUGGACACAGAGUUCCCUGGCAUCGUGCUACGGCCCGUAGGCAAUUUCAAAAAUGGUUCUGAUUACAACUACUUAACAUUGAAGGCCAACGUCGACCUUCUCAAGCUAAUCCAGCUCGGCCUCACUUUCUCCGACGACAAAGGCAACUUGCCCACAUGUGGAACUGGCAAGUUCUGCGUCUGGCAAUUCAACUUCCGAGAGUUCAACCCGAGUGAAGAUGUCUACGCCGAUGACUCCAUCGAGCUUCUCUCACAGUGUGGCAUUGAUUUCAGAAAGAACAACGAGAUGGGUAUUGAUGCGAAGCGUUUCAGCGAGCUGCUGAUGUCGUCCGGGAUCGUGUUGAAUGACAAUGUUCAUUGGGUUACCUUCCAUAGUGGGUAUGAUUUCGGGUACCUCUUAAAGUUGCUUACUUGCAAGAAUUUGCCUGAGACACAGGCGGAAUUCUUCAAGCUGAUCAGGUUGUACUUCCCCGUGCUGUAUGAUAUAAAGCAUUUGGUGAAGUUCUGCAAUAGCCUUCAUGGUGGGUUGAACAAGCUGGCCGAGCUCUUGGAUGUCGAGAGGAUCGGGAUAUGUCACCAAGCCGGGUCGGAUAGUUUGCUCACUUGUUGUACAUUCAUGAAAUUGAAAGAGAGUUUCUUCAAUGGUUCGACGGAGAAGUACGUUGGUGUGCUAUAUGGUCUUGGUGUUGAGAAUGGACAGAGUACUCAUUAAAGAGGCAACAACAACAACAAAAAAAAAAAAAUCAAUAUGAAAUAAAAGUCUAAAAAAAUGAAGUUUUGGUUAGUGUUACUUUGGUGUUCCAGUUCUCUUCUGUUGCAUUCUGUAUUGGGUUUUCUGCUUGCAGGUUUCAACACGAUUCCAGGAUUGUAAUGAUAGGGAUAAGGGAAGAUGAGAAUAAUCCAAAGAAGAUCUGCAUUCCAUUUUGCUCUGCAAACAGUUCAACAAUCUAAUUCAGAGUUCAUCAUGUGAAGACUAAACUGUGACAACCUUCUACUUUACAAUGAGCGCAGUUGAUGAUCAAUAGUCGCUCUAUUACAAGAUCCACUUA